GUACAAAAUGGGGUGGUUUUUAAUAUAUCUGGUUCUAACAUUUACAACACUUACUUAUUUUGGGAAAUGCCAUCUUGCUAUUCAUCCGGCUGAGGUGCUCAUUGAUCUUGACGAGCCUGAGCAACAUACUGCCUUCUUACCCCAUACACAUGAACCAAAAGGAACUAUAAGCCCUAAAAAGAAAAGUGAUGAAUGUACUCCCUUAGUUAGUUGUCCAGCUCAUGUAAAUUUAGAUGAGAAAAAAUUAUGUUUGACAAAAUCGAAAAGAAAGGGAAUUAUUUGUACUACAGGACAAAAUCAUACAGCAAUAAAAACCGAAAAAGAUCGCGGACAUCGUAGAAUCCAUUUGGAUAGUGUAACUCUUGGAGCUAUCCAGCGUAAAAGCAGAGCCGAAAUGUCAAAGUUAAAAUCAAGAGAGGCCGAUCUACUUUCUUCCAAAGAGUUUACAGUUCUAAAUCCAGGUCCUGCAGCCUUUGGGCAUUUUCGGAACUCUAGGUCUUUUGAUAUGGCGGAUUUGUCUCAGGUUAUGAACGUUGCUAAUAGUGCUUUGGAACUGGCGAUAGCAACAAGGGCCUUUAAAGACAGACAAGGUUUAAGCCCUGAACAACUGGAACUAGGAAUAUUUGAUCAAAAUUUGCGUCCAACCGUUCUGGGUCACACUUGCGUCCCAGCCCCAUUUUGUCCGAUGAUACCAGAUAAAUAUCGUAGAAUAGAUGGUGCCUGCAAUAAUGUGCUUAACCCAGCGUGGGGCGCACCAUUUACUCCAUACUCUAGGCUGUUGCCUGCGAGUUAUCAAGAUGGUAUCUGGAUUCCAAGAGUUUCGGUAAUUAAUGACGAACCGCUGCCAAAUGCACGAAAAAUCAGUGAAAUCAUAGUAUCAGAUAUUGAUGUCCCAAAUCAUGAAUAUACCCAACUUGUCACGACGUUUGGUCAAUACAUUUCGCAUGACUUUACGCAAUCUAUGGAUAUGGCAUAUAGCAAUGGUAGCGCUAUAUCUUGCUGCACGUUGGACGGGACAGCUAUUCUUCCAGAGAAAUCUUCCCAUUACGCUUGUAUGCCUAUCUCUAUUUCUGAAGCCGACUCUUUUUACUCCACAUUUAACCAGCGUUGUAUGAAUUUUGUUAGGUCAGUCUUAGCGCCAAGAGAAGACUGUACAAUGGGAUAUGCUCAGCAAAUGAACAAACUUACCCAUUUUAUUGAUGCAUCUUCUGUUUAUGGCUCAACGCCACAUCAAACUAGCGAACUCAGAAGUUUUCAUGGUGGUAAACUAAACACUUUUACUGAUUAUGGAAGAGACCUCUUACCUUUAUCUAAGCAGCCUGAGGCUUGUCUUUCGAUGGAGCAGGGAUCAGCAUGUUUUGAAUCGGGUGAUACUCGAACAAAUCAGAUGAUCACAUUGGUUGUUAUGCAUACCUUAUUUCAUAGAGAACAUAACAGAUUAGCUGCCGAACUCGCUCGACUGAAUCCGCAUUGGCAGGAUGAAAAGCUGUUUUUGGAAGCUAGACAGAUAUUAAUUGCAGAGACUCAAAAUAUUUUAUAUAAGGAGUAUCUGCCAGUUGUACUCGGUAAUGACGCAAUCGAAGAGUUCGGUAUUACAUUACAAGAAGGGUCACACUACUCUCUAGAUUACAACCCGAAAGUCAAUCCAUCAAUAACAAAUGAAUUAGCAGCAGCUGCUUAUAGAUUUGGCCAUUCAACUGUCCAUGGACAGCUUAACAUUUAUGGUACAGAUAAAAUGGAAGAGAUGAUAUCUAUUCCAGAAGUUAUGUUUUUUCCAUCUAGAAUGAGACACCGUGAAUUCUUGGACCAGGCCCUGAGCACUCUUGCAACUGAACCUCUACAAGACGUUGAUUUAUCUUUAUCAGACGCACUUACAAAAUACAUGUUUAAAGGUGGAAAUCCAUUCGGAGUCGACUUAGCAGCAAUUAAUAUUCAAAGAGGUCGAGAUCAUGGCUUAAGACCUUACAAUGAUUACAGAGAGCUUACAGGCUUACCACGCAUCCAGGACUUUGAUGAGUUCGGCAGUGAAAUAGGUAGAAAACUGAAAAAAGUAUAUAAGUCAGUGGAUGACAUCGAUCUUUGGAUUGGAGGACUUUUAGAGCCUAAAGCCCCAGGUAGCAUGGUAGGACCUACUUUUAGAGACAUAAUUGCUGACCAAUUUGCACGCCUUAAAAAAGGAGAUCGAUAUUUCUUUGAAAAUCAUCCUUCUAUAAAUCCAGGAUAUUUUUCACCAGAACAACUGCAAGAAAUUCGAAAGUCAUCCUUCUCGCGAAUUAUUUGCGAUAAUAGUGAUAAAUUGCUAUUGUCUCGUCAAGCUCCUAACGCCUUUAGAAAACCUGGAGUACCUGGAAAUGAGCUGUUUGAGUGCACAGGUACGGAAAUACCUUCGAUUGAUCUAACUUUCUGGCAAGACUAAGAUUAAUGUGUUGUGUUGUUAAUUGUGUUUUAUUUGUUAAUUUUUUGUUAUUGUUAUAUCACAUUAUUUUUAUAUCCACUAGUAAUUUUUUAAAAAGUGGUUUAAAAGCUACAUGUUUUAGUUAGGAUUAACAUAAAUAAAAACUUGCAGAUUUUCUAUUUAAUAAA